AAUUUCAAGGACGGAGGUAUCGCCCAUCACUUCUCGAGACUCAGCUUCCGUUCUUUUUCUCUCUCUAAAAAUAAAUUUAAUCUCGUUUAAAAACCUAAAUAAAAAAGUCUCUCUUUCCCUUCUCAUCCGCCUCUGGUUUGCCCUGGUUCACAUCGAAAGCAACAGCGAAUAAUUUUCGGCCUCAAUUCAUGCUGGGAAUGGGCUCGGCAGAUCGGGAAUCACGAGAUGUGGUCGAUCAAUACGCCGAAUCUGUAAGCAGAUCGGCGUGGCCAUGUACUGGCAUGACCUCGGGAUGCAGAUGGAGAAUGGCAACGCUAGAAAGCGAGCCCGCUUCAUCAACGGCGGUGAUCCAUCCAUCGUGCUGGAACCGAAGGAGAGCCAUCGCUACAUUAAUGAUGGCUGCUCUGAGAAAAAGGUAAACAUGGCGGCAUCCAGUGCCGGCGGAAGUUUCCGGCCGUGGCAGCUCCCUUCGUCUCGAAUCUUUCGCGUCUCUCGCGCCUCUGGCGGCAAAGACCGUCACAGCAAAGUUUUAACUUCCAAAGGCCUCCGUGAUCGCAGAGUCCGUCUCUCUGUUUCAACCGCCAUCCAAUUCUACGACCUCCAAGAUCGCCUCGGCUUUGACCAGCCCAGCAAGGCCAUCGAGUGGCUGAUCCAAGCCGCUGCCGCUGCCAUUGAUGAGCUCCCAUCUCUCUGGAGCUCCUUUACUGAGCUUCCCUCCCCCACCGGCGAGCAGAACCAAGCAGAGCAGCCGCAUCCCUCCAAGUCCGGCUGCAGCAGCACUUCAGAGACAAGCAAAAGCUCGGUUCUUUCCCUCCCUUGUUCAGAGAUUUGCGUCAAGGCGAUGGAACGAGCUCGCGAGGUAUCUGCGAAGGAGAAGGAGAAGGACGGGGAAGACGGCGGGGAGCAUUUCUCCGGCGCCGACCAUCCUCAUGGUUCGUUCACAAAGCUACUAACUGAUCAAUCUGAUUCUGUUUCUGACUCGACUCCGGUGACCGCAGGCGGUCAAUUUCAGACUUUGCUGCCGUCGGCCAUCGUGACGGCGGACUACUUUGGCCAAGCUGGCUUUUUUACUCGACUGCCAGCCCAAACUCACUUUGUGAACAGCUCUCCGCUAGUGGAAAUGGCAGCCACUGGAGACCAAUUGGAGAUGCAGCAAUUCUCAUUUAUGCAAGAUUACAUUGAUUAUAAUUUCAACUUUCCGGCCGCCUCAGGUCUUUCUGGUUUCCAGAGGGGGACCCUUCAGUCCAAUUCAUCGGUUCAUUUGACACAACAGCACCUUCGUCACCAAUUGCUACGGUUUUCUUCCCCUCCUUUUUCUGUCAUGGUUGGACCAAACUUGCAGUUAAUGACUCCGGCAUCAGCCCCUUCAUCGACCGAGAAUUUCUUCUGCUCUGGAUUAGAAGGUCGUCUACAGGUCAGCAGGGAGCUGCCGACUCCAUUUUUGCUGGAUGGUUACAUUUCCUCUGAUCUCAAAGGAAAAGGGAAGAACUGAUGUCGCCAUGGCAAUGCCGGAGAUUGCGAGGUCCUGUUUUUACCGAUUGCAACAAUGGUAUAUGCAGAUGAUGAGAUGAAGGUGCCAUUCCUAAUCAGAUUGCAAAGUGCAGCAGCUCUUAAAUUACUGCAACAAUUAGCGGUCUAUUGCUGUUAUUUAAGGGAUGGAUGUGUUGUUGUAUAUGGGCAAGGAUGAUUGGAUUGCCUUGGUUCUCCCUUCGGAUGGCAGUAUUUGGGGCUACUGCAACCAGGUCGUUAGAGCAUUGGAAAUUCCUGAGCCCGUGAUGGGGAAGUAUCUAUCUUUCUUGUGAUUCUAGCUAUUAGUGGUUGAUCACCUCAGGCUUUUUGUGGCUGUUUUUUGUUGGAGUUAAUGCAAUUUUUUUUGCAGUUUUUCCUUAACUCCUUGUAGGGUUUUGUAGCAUAUUUUUUGCCUAGUGCUAUUACACCUUUUUUGGUUCUUUUACAGGUUACACAUGUAUUUUUCUUCAUUUUAAUGAAAAUGGGCUAAGCCCUCAAUUCUUCAAAAAAAAAGAAAAAAUGCAUAGUGAAUUUUUUGUAAUUACAUCAAAAUAAGUUAGGGUAUAUUACUAUAUCUACCUUGCAAAAAUCAUUAAUAUUUUGAAUAAAACCAAUUUCUUAAAACUAAUAUUGUCUUAAUUUUUGACGUAACAGUUUAUUCAUGUUUCAUUUGGGAUAGACUUUUUACAGCUUUGUAAAACAGCUCUCUAGUACAAAAGCUUCUCUUUCUUGAUAUUUUUGUACUCGAAAAUUGAUUUAAAAAGAAAAAAAAUUGUCCCAAAACAAAACUUUAUUUUUAUCGAACUUUUAAAAAUUAAUUCUAUUCAAAAUAUAACAUAUAAUCAAUUAACAGAAAUCAAUAACGAAAUUGGGUCUUAUAUUCUUUUGGAAUGCCUAUAAAUUAUAACACUUCAUGGAUCAUAAUUGACACCAUUCAAUCAAUUGAAAUUAGAACACCAGAAAU